AUGAAUGAGGGCUGGAACACUACCUCAGUGACCACAUUCACCUUCCUGGGAUUCACCGGAUUUCCCCAGCUGCAGAGUCUCCUCUUUGGGCUGCUCUUGAUGAUCUAUCUCUUGACCCUGAGCUGGAACCUUGGCCUCAUCAUCCUGAUCAGGACCGACUCCCGCCUCCACACCCCCAUGUACUUUUUCCUCGGCCACCUGUCCUUCAUAGACGUCUGCUACUCCUCCUCGGUGGUCCCGAAGAUCCUCUCCGACUUCUUCAAGGAACAGAAGACUAUUUCUUUCAUGGGCUGUGCCGCUCAGUUUUUCGUCUUUGUCGGCAUGGGGCUGACGGAGUGCUGCCUUCUGGACGCCAUGGCCUACGACCGCUACGCGGCCAUCUGCGCCCCGCUGCGGUACCAGGCCGCCGUGACCCGGACGCUUUGCCAGAAGAUGGUGGCUGGGGCCUACGUGGCUGGAUUUGCCAGCUCCCUGAUCCAGACCGUUUCCAUCUUCCAACUCCAUUUCUGUGGGCCAAACGUCAUCGAUCAUUUCUUCUGUGACCUUCCCCCGGUCCUGGCUCUCUCCUGCUCGGACACUUUGGACAGCCAGGUGGUGAAUUUCCUGGUGGUGGUUACCGUGGGGGGGACGUCUUUUCUCAUCCUCCUCAUCUCCUACGGGGCCAUCGGGGCUGCCGUCCUGAAGGUCCGCUCGACCGAAGGCAGGUGCAGGGCAUUCUACACCUGUGCCUCUCAUUUGACGGUGGUCUCCCUCUUGUACGUCCCGGCUCUUUUCACGUACCUCCGUCCGAGCUCCAGCUACUCCCUGGGUCAGGACAAGGUGGUGGCACUGUUCUACUCGGUGAUGACCCCCAUGCUGAACCCGCUCAUCUAUAGCCUGAGAAACAAGGAGAUCAGAGGUACACUGCACAAGAUGGCAGAGAGGAAAAGAGGCCUAUCAUGGAAUUGA